UUAGUAAACCGGCGAGCGAAGUUGCGCUGUUUUUUCUAUCAUAAAUAAAGUUGUGUGGUGGAAUAAUUGCAAUUGGUAUCAUAUUUAAUUAGACAUUAUUAUUCACGAUGUCUUUGGAUUUAUCUACGAUUGCUAAUAUAAAAGUUAAAAGUAUUCCCGGCGAGGAGACGGUAGAAUUGCAGAAGUUUUGGCAGGAUCAAAAUGUGGUGAUUGUUUUCUUUCGCCGAUGGGGCUGCAUGUUUUGCAGACUGUGGGCUAAAGAACUGGGCGACAUCGCACCUGUCCUAAAGAAUAACAACAUUCGUUUGGUCGGCGUGGGCGUUGAAGAGACCGGUUCUAAGGAAUUCAUAGACGGAAAAUAUUUUGAUGGUGAACUAUACUACGUCGAGGACCGUUCGACAUACCAAAAGCUCGGCUUCAAGCGGUUCAACUUGGUCACCAUUAUGACGUCACUUUUGUGGAAGCAGUCGCGAGAAGCGAUUGCUAAAGGGAAUCGUAUGGGUCUAGGUGGGGAUUUAAAAGGUGAUUGGGUGCAAACUGGCGGCGCUCUAUUGGUGGAAAAGGGCGGGAAUAUCCUCAACCAUUUUAAACAGACGGGUCCGAGCGAUCAUUUGUCGAAUGAGGAGAUUUUGAAGAGUUUCGGCCUGGAGCACGAGUACAACGCGGAAACAAUGGCGAACAAGAAACGUGACGACGUCGAAUGUUCCGAUGAGGCGAAACCCUAAACAGUAGUAACCAGCAUCAACUAUUUAGAUUUAGCCGUAGUUUUAUCACACUUAUAAGAUUUUCUUUUUAUUUUUAUAUUUGUUACGUUUAAAAAACUUUUAAGAACUUAAUAGUUAUUCAAUAAAAAAUUUAAUCGUUAAAAGACACUAAAAACCUAUAUUUCAAUCUCUUAUUAAAUGUAACAAGUAUAAUAUAUUAUGUUUAUUUGAAUAUUGUAACUUAUUUUAAUCUCUGGUACUUGUAGCCUUUGUAAUUUAGUUUUGCACAAAGUAAUCUAAAGAGAUAUCAGUUAAUUUGCAUUCAUGUAGAAAAACAUACGGGACCACUUUUUGUGUAGAAUUAUUUUGAUUGUAGAAACAAUAUUUAAUAAAAUCUGUAAACACAUUAUAAAUUACACAGUUCGCUUGUAAAAUAUGUAUACUUAAAUGAAUAUUUUUGUCCUGGUAAAAUUAAAAACUGAUUUAAGAAAUGGAAUGUAGAAACGUUGUAUAAAAAACUACAAUAGGAUUAAUUAAAAUAAACUUGCCCGUUUUAAAAUUUAUGGCAUAUAUUUAAUAUUAAUUUUUAUUUUAAAGACUGCCUAAAAAUAUUUAUGAACAGGUGUUGGUGUAGGUGUAUAUAUUGUACUUGUGUUAAGUUUCAUUUCUUUAUUUUUUAAGAAAGGUAACAUAAAGGUAAAAACUUCAGAACCGGUAAGGUAAUAGCAUCGAAUUCAUAUGAAAACUAAUGUAUGAUCAAUAAUAUAAUAUUUUAUUAAUAAAAAAAAUCAACUAGUUUACAUAAAAUAAUAUGACGUAACGUAAUUUUAAUUUAAAAACUACAUAAAAUUGUAAACCAUUAAUUCCUUAAACAGAAGCGAAAUCCUAAACCCUGGAUACAAUCCUUGACGGAAUGUCCUUUGGCGCCAAUUCACACUAUAUGGACGGAAAGAAGGUGCAAAAACACUAGAGUGUAAUAAAAUAUGUCAAAUGAAUGCGCGGCCGAUACGAUUUUUAAUCUGUGUUAAAAAGUUCGCCUAGUUUUGGCGCGUUUGUGUGAUUUUUUUGUUUGUAAAAGUUGACUUUUUUCGUAGUUACGUCAGCGUAAUAAUAAUUGUCUUGUUUUGUGUUUUUAUUAUAUUUUAUGUAAAUUGUUAUAAUUUAUAUACUUUGUGCUCAAAAUUAGCAGAAAAUACUGGAUUUCUAUUUUGUUUGCAAUGUUGUUAAAUACUACUUCUACGAAUAGGUACAUGAUAAACUGCUGUAUAAAUAAGGUCGUUUUUGAACUAAUAAAUUUCAAAAUUAAAAAAAAAUGGGUGUAUAAAUAAAAUAUCACUGCGAUUUUUAUACUAAAUUCUUUAUUAUUGUUUAGGUUUUAAAGGUACUGAUCUAAUUAUUUUACUGUACAAACCAUCUGGAGUGUAAUUCGUCCAUUAUUUGUCAUUUGACAUGUUAACUGAUAGAUAUGCUAUCCAG